AUGUGCCUCGCCGCCGCGUGCGCGUCCGCCUCCUCCCCCGCACGCCGCCUCUCGCCCUCCACCGCGCUCCCGCGCCGCUUCCUCCACAGCCUCCUCGGCGCCCCCACGAGACCUUCCCCGCCGCCACCGCCUCUGCUACGGCGCUGCUUCAAGUUCUACCAUAUGGCGCAAUAUUGGACUCAACCAUCACUGGACAGGAACAAAGCUCUGGUUGAGUACCUGAAGCAGUAUGGUGCUGUUAGAACUGAUAAAGUGGCGGAAGUAAUGGAAACGAUUGAUAGAGCGCUAUUUGUACCAGAGGGUACCCCUUACGUCGACAGUCCUAUGCCUAUUGGUUUCAAUGCAACAAUAUCUGCUCCUCACAUGCAUGCAACCUGCUUAGAGCUAUUGAAGGAUCAUUUGCAACCAGGAAUGCAUGCUCUGGAUGUUGGAUCAGGUAGCGGCUACCUGACAGCUUGUUUUGCCAUGAUGGUUGGACCAGAAGGUCGUGCAGUGGGAAUUGAACACAUUCCUGAGAUUGUUGCUUCUUCUAUUGAAAAUGUGCAAAGAAGCGCUGCAGCUCCACUACUGAGGGAUGGAUCGCUCUCUUUUCAUGUUACAGAUGGCAGGCUUGGCUUUCCAGACGCUGCACCCUAUGAUGCUAUCCAUGUUGGUGCAGCAGCACCUGAGAUCCCUCAGCCUCUGCUUGAUCAGCUAAAGCCUGGCGGCCGGAUGGUCAUACCGGUUGGCACCUACUUCCAGGACCUGCAGGUGGUCGACAAGAACACGGAUGGAUCAAUCAGCAUCCAGAACGACGCAUCCGUGCGUUACGUCCCACUGACCAGCCGCUCCGCGCAGUUACAGGACCCCUAA